GCGAUGACGGAGCGCGCGACAGUGUACAGCAGUGUACAGCGAGCUGCUGAUACGCGCGAGUUCGCUUCGUGGCGCGUCUUCCGUUUCGAAAAUUGCGCGACCACGUGCUUCGUUUUUUCUAUAAGACUCUUGCUUCGUAUCGUUGUACACAUCGCAACUAUCGCAAGUUUACGUGACGCUUGUUUGUAAAUCAAAUCGCAUGAUUCAUUUCGUUGCAAUUUAAAACGACGUUUACGAAGCUUCUUUUUCAAUUUUCCGCAGUACUGUAAAAAAACAAAACAAAAUACAAGUUUGUAAAAUAAUUGCGAGUGUGAUUUUUGUAAUUUUUUGAAGCGCGCAUCUACAUAUAAGAUUGACAGAAUUUGGCUGCGACGUUACAAAGAAGAUGAUUAGUACACGUGCAAUUAAUCGGUGUGAAUUAACUUCGAAUUAACAGCAUGUAACAACGUCACGGCUGAAUCAGUCAUGGAAAACGGAUCGUCGAGAGAAGUCGGCGAUGCGACGGUGAGAACGCACAGUGUCGCGGUGCCAGGCAUUUUUCUUGAGAUUCAGUUAAUUCUUUAAUUGUGAUUGACCGUUUAAUUAUUUGUGUGAAUACAAUAAUUCUUCGACAUAGUUUUUGAGUACUUAAAGUACGGUAAAAGUGCCUCGAGUGCAUCCGUUUUAAAAAUUUGUGCGUGCGAAACGUCGGUGCGUCGCGACGUCGCGUCGGGUUAUCUUUUGGGAUCAUUCUUUGGGAGCUCUGGCCGACGGGAGAUGUAUCGAAAGGGCAAGUUGCAGCGAUGCGACAGCGACUACCGACCGCCCGAUAUACACAGAUAGCGUAUAUGAUCUUAGAGAGUCACGCAAAGGAUGCGGAUCAAAGUUGCAAUUGAAAUACGAGGAAUAUCGAUUGAAAAAAGAAAGAUUUAGAUCUGAAGACGAGGAUAAUGACGAAGGAAAGGACUUUAGAAUAACAGAUGGAUCGGAUGAGUUAUCGGACGUGAUCGACGAUCAAUUGACGGUAGAUCAUGUUGGAAGAUUUGGAAAAGCGGAGAGUUUCUUGAAGAGAGUGGUAAAAAAAAAUUUAACCGACAGAUGUGACAGAUUGCUAAAAACUAUUAAACAGGGUCAAUUAUUGUUGAAGAAAAAUACUAGGCAAAAUUCAGAUCCGAGGAAAGAUAUUGAAGAAAAGUCUUGGCCAUUAAGGGAAAACAUUCUAGAGAAAGCACCAUUGGACAAUAUAAAUGGUCAGUCAGUCAAUUUAGAAAAGCAAGAAGAUACAGUAAAAAGUUUAAAGGAAGAUACUAAGAAUUCUCCAUCGUUUUUAAAGAAGAAUAUUCAAAGAAGAGCUAACAGAAAUCAUCAGAGUCCGGUACUUGGAAAAGACGUACAAAAAAAUCCACGACUGCUGGAGAAAGAUAUCAAAAAUUCAUUAUUGGUGAGGAAGAAAAUUAAAAAAAGAGAAGAAGAAUUAUUAGUCAAAAUACAUGAUAAUUACAGCAAUUCUUUAUUAACGAAAGAGGAAAGCAAUAAAGACGUCGCUAAAAGUUUCCCGUUGCCAAAGAAAAAUGCUGAAGAGUAUUCGUUGACGAAGGCAGAUUUUGAAAAAGGUGUCGGAAAAAAUGUAUUAUCGUCAAUUAGGAACAUCCGGAAGAACGUAGAUAAUGAGAUUUCUCAAUUGAGAGGAAAAAAUGUUGACGAAACUAAAUUAUUAUUCUCAAAGGAGUACCUCCAAGAGGAUUCAUCAUCACUGACGAGAAGCGAUGCUAAGAAAAGUCCACAUUUGAAAUAUAAAAAUGUGGAUAAUUCUCUAUUAACAGAAAAGGAUAUCUCAAUUGAUCCACUAAUGCAAUUGACAAAAAGAGACUUUCGAAAGAGCUUGGAAUUGUCGAAAAGCGCCUUCGAAGAAGACAUAUUUUUAACAGAGGAAGAUUCUGAAAACACUCGGCAGUUAACAGUUGAAAGUUCCUUAUUAUCGCAGAGAAAAGACAUUCCUAAUGAUUCACAAUUACGAUUAACAGAAAGAACUGUCCAAGAUGAUUCUUUAUUGAUGAAGAAUCUUAUUUCUUCAGUUGAGAAUGAAAAAGACAUUCCUGUAGUUUCACACUUACAUUUAAUAGGAAGGGACAGGAUCCAAGAAAAUUUUUCAUUGACGAAGGACGUUUGUUCUCCCACUAGGGACGUCAUUUUUUCAGCUAAGCAAGACGUUUCUUUGCCCGAAGAAGAGAAAGGCAUUCGCGAAGAAAAUGUAUUAUCGCAAUUAAAAGGAAACAUUGCUCAGAAUAGUUUUUCUUUGAUAAGAAAACAUCGCUUCGUAAGUGAAGAAGAUAAAACUUCAACCGAGAAGAAAGAAGAGAGAGAAAAGGCUGUCUGUGACAAUCCCUCGUUGAAAGUAGACUCGCGUUUAACUAUUGUUGAUGAUCAAGCAGCAUAUUCCACGCCUACUUUAAGACUCGAACGAGUCAAGAGCGAUUCGAUAAAUCUCUCUUAUCAAUCAUCCGUCGUUCACAGACGUUGUCUUCCAAAGGUCAUUCGGCAGAAUUUUCAGGGAUCUGAGAAGAAAGUGCGAAAAGGAAGUAAUAGUAUCUACAAAGUGAAGCGAUCACCUCCGCCGGAGGAAGAUUGGUCGGGUCAAGAGUCAACGGGAUCCGAUAACAGUGGGUCAGCUGAUAAACACGAUGAAUCUAUCGUGAAAUGUAAACUCGUGGUUUCGAAUCGCUUUGCGAAACAUCAGUCGAUCGCCAAACCACCCGAGGAGCAUAUUAAGAUCUUUGAGAUUUCUGCCUGUUCUCAACGUUCAAUAGAUAUCUCAAAAAAAGUUUCACCAGUCGACUUUAUCAUCGAAGGUGUGCCAGAAUAUUCGAAUUUUGAAAAAUAUUCCAAGAAGAAUCCAGCGAUUAAAGGAAAGGAGGAUACUAACUUUGAUGAAAAUUUAAAAUGUCAAAUCGUCAAAUUGCAGGAAGAAACAUUAAAGAAACCAAUCGUUAAGGUAAAAGGUUCCGAAGACAUCUUUACGAAUCAAAUUACCGAAGGAGAUACUAAUAACUUGCUUACGUUGAAAAUAAUUAAUAAUCUUGAAGCUCCGUAUCAUCAACGAUCAAUUCGUCGAGAUUCGAAAGACUCUUUUGAUUUUAUAAAUCAUCACUUUGAUAAUCCUGUAGAACCGCGAUUGCCAUUAAUAGCGUAUUCUGAAGAGGAACUUUCUGGAAAAAGAGGCAUCUCCACGAUAGAAGAUCUCCACUCAAUUGCAAAGAUAGAAAAAUCCAAAAAAAUUUUUAAGAAUACGACCGUCAAAAUACAUAGCAACGAUUCAUCUACAUAUACAUCGAAAAUAGUCGGCAACCUUGAAGUUUUGAGGCAACAAUUGAUCCAGAAAUAUCCCAUUGUUACAGAUGGUCGAUUAGAUUCACAGAAUUCACAGAAUUCACAGAAUUCACAGAAUUCACAGUUACCAUUGCUCGAACGGAAGUUAUUGGAAAGUGAGAAGAGACGUAGACUAAUCGGCAAGAGACUCCACAAAAAUCCCAAAAUGAGAUUAAACGUCAAAUUUAUCCGUAUUCGUGACAAGUUUGUGCUAUGUCUAAGUGCGCUCGCCAUCGUCUUCACGUUACUGCUGGUGAUGGAUUUGCAGAUGGACUUGGGCUACAGCGGCCAUCAUUUGAAUCCUAGCCAUGCUCGAGUCCGAAUCGGCGAUCCGCCGGACGCCGACACCGUCUAUAAUAAUUUCCGUCGGAGAUUUCUUCAACGUGGUAACGGUAGCCGCGAACAGACUAAUAGCGAAGUAACGCCCAUCGUUGAAAACUCCAAGAAAAGUCAAGUAACGCCAUUGUCGACGAUGAGAAAGCACGACGAUUUCACGGAUUUGCAGGACUUGGUGGUAAACGGAUAUGAGCUGAACGUUGACGAGGGAGUGGCGAGAAAUAGCGGAGAGGACCGAGAAUAUAAUCCAACGAUCGGAGAACUGAGAAAGAUGACGUUGAAGAAAAACAGCACAACUUUGGAGAAAUUCCAUCUACAUAUCUCAAGAUUGGAGUUGUAUUCUGAAGACUCAAAGUACGUAGACCAAUUGCUUCACGAGAUGGCGACCAAGCCGAUUCUUCACGUCGUUCAAAAAGACGGCGGCACGCAGUUAAAACUGGUCAUUGAUUACGGCGAUAAUAUGCAAGCUUUGUUUAAACCGAUGCGGUUCCCGCGAGAACAACAGACUCUGCCAAACCAUUUCUACUUCACAGAUUUCGAGAGACACACCGCUGAAAUUGCUUCUUUUCAUCUAGACAGACUUUUAGGAUUUCGUCGGGCGAUGCCGGUGAGCGGCCGGACUCUCAAUGUUACAACGGAAAUUUACCAGAUUGCCGACGGUGAGCUGCUCAAGACGUUCUUCGUGAGUCCAGCUGGUAACCUGUGUUUUCACGGCAAAUGUAGUUACUAUUGUGAUACGGCACACGCUGUUUGCGGCAGUCCUGACACUCUGGAGGGUAGUUUUGCCGCCUUUCUGCCAGAUAAGACUUUCGCGGCUAGGAAGGCUUGGCGGCAUCCUUGGCGCAGAAGUUAUCACAAACGAAAGAAAGCCCAAUGGGAACAUGAUUCCGAUUAUUGUUCUCUGGUAAGAGAAAUUCCACCAUAUGAUGAAGGUCGACGAUUGCUCGAUCUGAUAGACAUGGCAGUCUUUGAUUUCUUAACGGGCAAUAUGGACCGUCAUCACUACGAGACGUUUAGAAUUUUUGGCAACGACAGUUUUACGUUACAUCUGGACCACGGAAGAGGUUUCGGAAAACCUUUCCACGAUGAGACAUCUAUUUUAGCGCCACUCUUACAAUGCUGCAUCAUCAGACAGACUACUUUAAGUACUUUACUCCGUUUCCAUAAUGGGCCCACGCGGCUCAGCACUGCAAUGCGGCAGAGUAUGGCAAGGGAUCCCGUGGCUCCUGUUUUAUGGGAACCCCAUCUAAAUGCCCUAGACCGGAGGAUAAGCAUUAUCUUACAGGCUGUUCGCGAUUGCAUCGCCCGCGAAAACUCUUCGCAACAGGUCGUCCACAGCGAUAAAAUUGAUUCAAAGUUAUAGCCUUUGAUCACUAUCUAGAAUAAUUGCGAUAAAAAUGUAAAAAAUGUAAAGAAAUUUUUUUCUUUUUUCUCUUUCGCCUCCUUUUUUACUCAAAUAUCUGUAUAUUUAAAGUUUAAAUUUUUACGUUAAAAUGUACUCUGACACAGUUCCGAGAAGAUAUUAGAAGAUAUCUUUUCUUUUCUUUCUCUUUUUGUUAUUGUCUACCUUUACAGUAGAUAAUACUUUGGUUUGUUAAUCUUGUAUAUUAAUUUAAUAUGUAUUUGAAUAGAUUAAAUUAGAUCACGAAUUAAAUGUAUAAAUAGACGUCAGAAAUUUUUUUUAUCUAUUAAGAAUAUUAAUUUUUAUUUAUAUCGUCUUUUAUUCGAUUUAAGUCGUUAAAAAUUGUACAGUUUUGAAAUUUGUGAUUUCUAAUUCAAUUAAUCAUUGAAAAAUGUUAAAAAACUUUGAAUUUAAAUUAAAAUCUAUUUAGUUCUAAUUUAAUUCAGACGUUAUAUCAAUUACUAUAUUUAUAUUUUUAUGUGAUAAUGUUUGCAAAGAAAUCCUAUCGGUAUAUUUUGAUAGAUAUAUUUUAAUAUAUUUUGACGAAUUAAUGAUUACAAAAUUAUAAUUAUGAUAAAUGAAUGUUGGAGUUAUGCAAAUCUUAUUUAUAAGAUUAAGAAGAGAGAAGAAUUAUCUUGCAAAAGUUAACAAAUUAUUUGGAGUAAAUUUCGCUAAAUAUUUGAUUAUGAAUGUGUAAUUGUUAAUUUUUAAUAAAAUGUUUCUCAGCGGUAUCAAAAGCAAUGAAAAAUUAAAUAUAAAAUUUAUAAUUGAUUAGAGCAUUAUUAAACAAAUAUUUUUUAUAUUAAAAAAAUUGCACUUAUAGUUUUAAUACAGCCUAAUAUUGAUAUUAUAUCAUGAUCUGGUUUUUAACAUAACAAUACGUAGGGUAUUUUCUCUCAUUUGACCAUCCCAGAACACCUAGAAUCCCACUUAUAGCACUUAAUAUAAUAGCAAUAUUAUUUUUCAAUAGCAAUGUUGCAAUGAAAUAUAACAUGAACGUUACUGGAAUAUUACAGAGAUAUUAUAGUAAUAUCCUUGUAAAUGUCCUCAUAAAACAAACUACAAUAAUAUAAUGAUGACAUAUCACAAUUGUAUUACUGUGUAACGUUUUUGUAAUAUUGUGAGGAAUUAAAUCAUUUUAACAUUUUUACAUUACAAGUAUAUUGCAGUUAUGUUAUUACAUAUUGCAAUUGUAUUACUGUAUUUAAUUUAUUUUAUCUCGCCUAAUUUUGGAGGCUCACUUUCAAAAGGCAUUAUUUCAUUAUUAUUUCUUUAGAACAUAGCUGAGAAAUCUUAUAAAUGUUACAUCUUUUAUUUUGUUCUGUAUAGUUUUUUAAUUACGAGAAAGAGAACGCUGCCACAUCCAUCUGUAUGUCGCGUACCGCUCUGCUACUGCAAUGUUUAUACAGUGUUACAAUAAUAUUUCAAAAUCUUAAAUCACACUGCAAUAUAAUACAUACAGAUAUUACAGAAAUAUCACAUUAUAAUACAUUGCGUUGUAACGUCUCAGUAUUAGAAUUGCAAUUUUACAUUGUGAUAUUGUAAUAUUCCUACAAGACUUUCUAAUAAUAUUUCAAUUGUAAUUUGUAAUAUUACAGCAAUAUUGUAUUAUUCUAAUAUUACUGAUAUAUUAUGUGCUACGUCUAUUUAAAAUAUUUCUAUUGUCUUUAAAAAAGUGUUACUUUAUUUAAAACAAUAAAGAGUAUAUUCUAUAGAAAAAAUUAAAACAAAAUUUUACAAAAAAUAGAAAAAAUUAUAAUUGGAAAGAGUAACUUAAAAAAUUAGAAUUUAAAUUAUCUUCUUAAAUUUAUUUUGAUAUUGUUUUAUUAUUAUAUUACAUAAUAUGGAAGAAAUAAUUAUUUCAGGUAGCUUAAAAUAAUUCGAGUAAUGUUAUUAUUUAAAAAAAAGAAUAUAUUUGAAUGUUAUAAGAAAAUCUUACUGAUUAACUUUUAUUUUUAAUAAAAAAUCAUUAAUGUACAA